ACGCGCGCGCAAAUACACGCGCACACACAGAGCGAGGCCCCGGGUCUGGCUUCGAGGCAGCAGCAGCAGUUCAGCAGACACAGCCAUGGCUAACAUCGCGGUCCAAAGGAUCAAGCGGGAGUUCAAAGAAGUUCUCAAAAGCGAAGAGACGAGUAAAAACCAGAUCAAAGUAGAUUUGGUGGAUGAGAACUUCACGGAGCUGAGGGGGGAGAUUGCGGGUCCUCCCGAUACACCAUAUGAAGGUGGCAGAUUUAAGCUUGAAAUAAAAAUCCCAGAAACCUAUCCUUUUAAUCCUCCAAAGGUGCGGUUCAUCAGUAAGAUCUGGCACCCUAAUAUCAGUUCUGUGACGGGAGCAAUAUGUCUGGACAUUUUAAAAGACCAGUGGGCCGCUGCCAUGACCCUGCGGACGGUGCUGUUGUCUCUACAGGCUUUGCUCGCCGCGGCAGAACCAGAUGAUCCACAGGACGCCAUAGUGGCUAACCAGUACAAGCAGAACCCGGAGAUGUUCAAACAGACUGCGAGGCUGUGGUCUCACGUCUAUGCAGGCGCUCCCGUCUCCAGUACCGACUACAACCGCAAAAUAGACAAACUCUGUUCGAUGGGCUUUGAUAAGAAUGCAGCAAUAGCAGCCUUGUCUUCAAAAUCCUGGGAUGUGGAAACGGCAACAGAGCUGCUCCUCAGCAACUGAGGCAACGCAGCCAGGAUUAUUGCUCAGCCAAAGUCCCGGCCCUAUAAGGGACUGGAAGGGACGGCCUGUUCAGCCCUGAAGGACACCACAUGGCGUCUUUUCUGCUGCGCCAUGAUCAAACUUUUUUUCUUUCUCGUCUUUUAUUGUCCUCGCAUGAUCUGUGCUGCCUUUUUAUUUUUAUUUGGCCAAACGAUGCGGGGGGAUGGAGCGUUCUGUGCGAUCCAACAUCCCUUCAGACUCAUGCAACUGGCAGGACAUCCUGCUCCCUCUCCACCCACCGUGAAGACAGUUUCCAGCCCCGCACCCCCCAGAAAAGGUGUACUCCAUCUCUUUGACUUGUAAAUAGUCCAGAGCUGUUUCGUUAUCACAAGAGUGCACCAUUGAUGGCUGGAUCUAUAUUUUGUAAAAAAAGAAGAAAGGACAUACCCGGAAGAGCCACCCCCACCUCACCAUGUACAAUAUUGCAUGAAGCAUAACAAAAAUUGGGCCGUUGCACCUCAGUUUCUACUUUUGGAUCAAGACUUAGUUGUCCUCUCUUUUCCUUGGAAGCGAGCAUCAGCAGUAUAAAAAGCAUGGUUAUUUAUUGUGACAGUGUCAUGUUUCUUUGAUAAAAAAAAAAGUGUUAACUCA